UUGAUUUUUGAUAAGCAAUAUACCGCCGUUGGUUUUUAACAAAACUUUUAUGUAAAUUUAACAUUACCAGUUAUUAUAUUGUAAAAUAAACUUUGACACAUCGAGAUCUAGCAGUUUUUUGAUAGUCGGAAUAGAUUUUCUCUUAAAAUUCUUUGUUACGAGGACCACUUCUGAUCAAUUAUGGACGAGGAUCCGGAACUCACCAGUAGUCCCGUUAUUGUAAUACCUGAAUCACCAGAACGAUCAGAAAAUAUUGAUCAACCACAAAACAUACAGCCUAUAGUUAAUGUUGACGAUAAUGCUCUAUUUGAGGAUGUUUUAGAGAUCAUACAGAACAACAAUCAAAAUUAUAAUUCGGAGGCUAUGUUGGAGCAUUUAAACCCAGAUUUGCCACCAUCACCGAUUUUAGCGUCGACAGGGGUUGGUUUAUCUCGAGCAGCCUCAAAUCCUGGGGAAGUAGAACUACCAAGGCAUUCAUCACAAGCACACAUCUCAAAUGAAGACAGUAAUCUUAUUAUAGCAAACGAAGAAUCAAACAGUUUAGCUUCAUGUCCAGAGAAUAGAGAUGGAGAUGAUGUUGAUGUUGAGGAACCUCCAGCCAAAGUGAGGAAGAUCAGCUCACCCAAACAAGAAGAAGGUGAUGGGGAAACAUGCCCUAUAUGUUUAGAUACAUGGGGUAAUUCCGGAGAACACAGACUGGUAGCAUUGAAAUGUGGACACUUAUUUGGCUGGCAGUGCGUAGAGAGGUGGCUGAAGGCCCAGGCAACUAAAGACAGGACAUGUCCAACUUGCAAAAGUAAAGCAAACUUGAAGGAUAUGCGUUUUAUAUAUGCAAGGAGAUUAGUCGCAGCGGACACUUCACAGAUAGCAGCACUACAGAAGCAAAUAGACGUUCUUAAAUCUGAGAACAGCAGGGCCGAGUUGGAGCUAUUGAAGUCGAGGAUCGCUCAUAGAGCUUGUGUAUUACAGUUAGAAGUUCUUAGGAGUACAUUGAUGAAGAGCCAAACAGCUAAAGACCAACCGCCACGAAGAUCUUGGAGAUUUGCCCUGGAGAAGAACCAGGAGGUCAGUAAAGAUGGUGGAUGCAGAGUUCUCACUUACAACUGCCGGACUUAUGAGUUAUAUGUCUCACAGAAGAGUACUAACAAUCUGUUCCCCGGAUACGGCAUCAGGAAAGUUAGUUGUAUAGAUUAUAAAUUGGGACAGUUUAUCCAUUUACAUCCCAAGCCUAUACGAGAUAUAACGUAUUCACAACCCAGGGAUCUUCUAUUAAGUGUAGGCUUGGACAGUUCAGUUAGAAUCAUAGAACGAGGUAUUCCUAGUGCUUCCAUCCAGUGUGGUAUGCCCCUAUGGUCAUGUUCCUGGGACUAUUUGCGCAGUAACGAAUUCUGUGUAGGCGGAGUGGGGGGCGUCAUACACCAGUACGAUGUGAGAAAUACAAAUACUUCAAUACAAACAUUAAACACGAAUGAUUUAUCACCAGUCGUCUCUUUGUGUUCAACGGAGCACGGCCUAUUAUCCUGUCAGUUGAACUCGUGCUGGCUUUGGGAGUCGAAUAUGAGGCAGUGGAUCCCCAAAGCGAUACCAAUAGAUGGCCCAUUCGUCUCUCUCUGCUAUGACAAUGAUUCCCACCGAGCUUUAAUCACAUCCCGAGCCAGUGGCAACAGUCGAUCAAAACUAACCCUGUUCAAAUUAAAAGCAAAUAAUAGUGGGGAAAUUAUGUUUGAUCUGGAGCAGACAUUUGUCGGUUCAGCACGAUCCACUUUAAUGUCCCGGGGGACCUUCGUUAGGACUCCAGGGGCUAUCUGGGCUGCGGCUCACAGUGAAAGUGAGUCCGCCCUAAACCUGCACGGCUUAGAUGGAGCCAGAACAAUGACCUUACCAGCGGUUGAACCAGCUUUAGACAUAUGUACAGCUCAAGUUAAUGGUGACACGAUAGUUGCAGCAUUAUCCGAGUCCAGGUUAAGACUGUAUAAGGCUGUGGCUACCAGCUCCUGACAAAAGACAUUCUAAUCCGGUUAUGGUGACUGAUAUACCGAGGACAAUUUUGUGCGAGUAAUCAAGUACUAUUAUUUGGUUAUACAAAAUAAACUAUUAUGGUUGUGCAACGAAGUAAUCCCUAGUAUGUAACCGAGGCUAGCUGGAUAUUACCUCAUUAGUUAUAUGUGUUUGUAAUAAAGAUAAAUUUCGUUGAAUA